CAGCCUCCUCCCCCCCCCCUCCCCCCCUGCUGCGGAUUCCCGUUUGCACCACUAUGGAUCUAAACGUCCCCGGGUCCCACGCUCUCAUUCCCGAUUAGUCUUGCGUUGCACCGCCGAGUCCUCGCGGGGAACCGAUACGUCUCGGACGCCCUCCGCUGCCGUUUCCGCAUUCCCGCCGCCGCGGUGGACGCUGCAGACGCGCGGCUUAGAUGAUCUCAACAGAAGGGAACAAAAAGAAACCGGUUCCUCCGGCUAAUCUACCCCAGCAGUUGCUGUCGUUGCAGUAUGUUUCCAGCCAGGGGAAUAGAGGGGAACCGGAGAACUGAACGGCUGGUGGCUGCGGGCUGUAACAGGCCGUUUUCAGCGGACUGAGUCAAGUCCGGGAACCCGCGUCGCAUCGAUCGGAUCGAACCUGGAACAACCGCGCGGCCGCGCUCCUUCGUGUCCCACGAUGGAGAGUUGCUGUCGCUCCUGUAUGCCGUGUCUGAGCCGGCUCUGGGACUGCAUAUGGCCGGACCUCAGCUACCCGAACGUCGUCAACAACAACAACCACCACCACCACCAUGUCAUAGCCAACCCGGGCCGCGAGGCGUCGGAGAUCCGCACCGUGUCCCGCGACAUCCGCGUCCCUUCGCCCAAGAAGCGGCCGGUGCAGCUCUACGCCGCGCUCUUCGACUUCGAGGCCCGCAGCGACGACGAGCUGACGGUGAGGGAGGGGGACAAACUGUCGGUGAUCGAGAAGCGGGGGGAGUAUGUGCUGGCCAAGAAGCUGACCGGGUCCCUGCAGUCCGGACUCAUCCCGGCGAACUACGUGGCUCUGCUGCAGGACGAGUUCGCCAAACACAAAUGGUACUAUGGGAAUAUAAACCGUGUGAAAGCUGAGAAGCUGCUGCUGGCUUCCCAAAAUAAAGAUGGCUCCUUUCUGGUUCGCAUCAGUGAGAGUCACAGUGAUGAGUACACAGUCUCUGCCCGAAGUGAGGGAAAGGUUUACCACUUCAGGGUUCAAAGGUCAACUAUCGGGGCCUACUUCGUCUCCGAUAAGAUCUCCUUUUCUACGCUGGGAGAACUAAUCUCCUACUACCAGAAAAACCAUCGUAGCCUGGGCGUGCUGCUGGACGAGCCCUGCGCACAGCAGCGGGAGCUGUUUGACAUGGAGCCGUGGGAGAGGCCUCGAGAGGAGUUCAGACUGCACAAGAAACUGGGAGAGGGACACUUUGGAGAGGUGUGGGAGGCUCUGUGGACCACAGAGAACAAGAAAGUGGCCAUUAAGACGUUGAAACAAGCGGACACCAAGCAGGACGAGUUUGUGAAGGAGGUUCAGGCCUUGAAGAGCCUCCAUCAUCCCAAGCUGAUCCAGCUGCUGGCGAUGUGCUCCAGAGGAGAGCCGGUCUACAUCGUGACCGAACUCAUGAGGAAAGGAAGCCUCAAGUCCUACCUGGCCUCUGCUGAAGGCCUGAUGCUGACAUCAGCCCAUCUGAUCUACAUGGGCAGUCAGAUCGCAGAGGGCAUGGCCUACCUGGAGGACAGAAACAUCGUCCACAGGGACCUGGCUGCCAGAAACAUCCUGGUGGGAGACGACCUGGUCUGCAAAGUGGCCGACUUUGGACUGGCUCGCAUCAUCAAGGACAGUGUGUAUACAGCCAGUCGAAACACAAAGAUUCCAGUGAGAUGGACGGCUCCAGAAGCAGCGAUUCACCAAAAGUUCUCUGUGAAAUCAGAUGUCUGGUCAUUCGGGGUCCUACUGUAUGAGAUGAUGUCACGUGGCAAGAUGCCUUAUGAAGGAAAAAACAACAAGGAAGUGUUGGAUUUGCUGUCAUCCGGGUUUCGGCUGCCCUGUCCAACUCGCUGUCCACAGAAUAUUUAUCGCAUCAUGAUGGACUGCUGGGCCGCUGAGCCCUCCAAGAGACCGUCCUUCCACGCCCUGCACAGCCAGCUGGAUUCCAUAUAUACCAGGAUAUAUUUCAAGACUGUAGAGGUGUAGAAGGAGCAAGUCCUGGGCGGAGAAGAGGACGGUGAGAACAAAGGAUCUGCGACUGAUCAUCGACAGCAGGAUGUACAUCGAAUGUGGGAAGAGAGGAGUGGGGGGUGUUCUCCUUCCCCAUGCCGCCCACAACAGGACAUAUAUACUUUAAGAACACGGUCAGACACGGGGAAGAACAUCCAAAGCGGGCAAACAACUCCUCCAGCUAGAGAAGAUGCUCGCCAGAUCACAAGAGACAAAUUCCGAACACUUUUUAGGCUAAAAAAAAAAAUCAAGGUGCACAAACUAAAUAUUUAAAAUAGCCUUAGAAAUGUGUAAAUACACACCUACUUAAAAAUAAAAAUCAACGCUGAAAUUCAGCACAUUCAUGGAACUAACUGUUUUUAAAUUUAUACCCUUUUGUGUUUUAUAAAUACUAUUUUAUGACCUCUGUGCCAUGUCUGUGUAAACACACUUUAAAAUGCUAUGAAAUCAGGGUAUUUUAACGGCAAACCAGUGCUAAAAAUGGGGCGUUAUGUGCAAUAAUAAUAACAGCUGGCUUGGUUUUAGCUAUGCAACGGGCGUGAAUGCUGGGGGUCGCUGUGUUAGGUAAUUUUAGACAAAAGUGUUGGACUAACUCACUUCUUGCAAUGAUACUUGAUUCAAACUUGUCCCAAACAAUGAACAAUGUCGUUGAUCACGUUACACUUUUUUAUUAAGCGCCAGUCAAGUCACAAUUUCAACAUUUUAUCUUAUUCUAAACAAAUUAUUAAACUCCAAUCCGCAGUGUCUCCUCACAGCCAGAAGGUCCAGGGUUCAAACCCACUGGGAGAGUGAGUGGGAGUCUGUGAUUGACAGGUGACCAGUCCAGGGUGGACCCUGUCCCCCGUCUCUCACCCAACGCCAGCUGGGAUUAAAGGAUGAUUUACAGCAACGAAUGACUCGUUGUGCAUAUGACAUGAGGGUAAAAAUCCAAAUACAGUGGUCUUGAUCUUUUUAUCUGAGUCCUAAAGGACUCCAAAGGUUUGAUAUAUUUAGUCCUGUAGGAAAGAGUUGAAACUUGAAAAUGUUAACAUUUUUGCACUUUGUUUCUGUGUUUCUAGCGUCGUUUUUUUUAUGGGUUUUGGUUCGAAGCAUGAAAUAAGGUUUGUGAUCAACAUUUUAAUGUUCCGUUCAUAUGCGCCUCUCCUGAAUUUUUCACUUCCUGUCUUAAGUUAAGGUGACUACAACCCCCCCCCCCCCCCCCCCCCCCCCCCCGCGUGGUAAAUUUCAAUUCUGGGGAUUGCAUCUUUUCUUUACUUCAAAAAUCAUAAAAGUGGUAUCAAUUUGUGGAGGUUAACUUGCUGAUAAAAUGAGUAUUAAAACUGUUAGCCACAGAGCUAAAAAAUCUAAUGCAAUUAUGCCAUUGACCUUUUUUUGAUGGAACAAAUUUACCCAGAUUAUAACUUCCAGCUCACCCUAAAAUCAAAUGUUUCCUUCCUCCAGCAGUCUGAGAAAGCAAAGAUGCAAAGUAACUCAAAGAUGCAUAGUAACUCAUGUUCGCAUGUUAGCUCGACAAUUAACAUAAAUGUAGAUUUAGUAACGCGUAACAUACUACACAAAAGCAUGGCCAUUCAAUGGCACGUUAAGCAUGUCAGGAAUGCGCUUUCGAUUUAUGUGAUCAAAUGGACAAGGACAAAGUUAUUGCUUCAAGCACCAUACAACAGAAGAGUCUUAUUUUUUUUUUUUUCUCAACUUUUCAUAUCCACCAGUUUUUUACGGCCUCGUCAGGCCUCUAGCACGGCUAUGCACUGUCAGUAUUUUCAUUAACAAGGAAGUCUGAAUCAGAAUACAAAACCGUAUGGAGCUCGUCUUCACCUUCACAGCUUUCAUUCCUUGAAAAGCCAGCGUGUCAUUGAGCCAUGUAUAGUAUUUAAGUUAUUCAAACUUGUCUAGAGGUUACAACUAGAGUGACUAUGUUUACGCCACAGACUGUAGAACAAGGGAACAAGGCAAAAAGGCAUGCACAGUCAGCCAGGAACAAAAAGGCCCUCUUUGGGGCAUGAGGGGUUUGUCCACCACAAACAUUGCUGCAAUGCAAUUUUACAACAAUGCAACUUUUGUUUCUUAUGCAUGACCAAAUAUAGCCAACAAAGCCGAGUUCAGGAAACUUUAGGUAUAAUCAUCAAAUCACAAGAUUGAGUGGAUUUUUUUAGGCUGAGUGCAUCAAACGCCAGUGGUGCAAAGAAUAAAAUAUUUGAACUAUUGUUGA